CUGCGCCUUGGUUUGAUUUUAAGAUCCCUGGCCGAUGGACACGAUCCCCUGAAGCUUUGAUUGACCCGAUCUACCCGAGUUCCCCUACCCGGUCGCCUCUUCUUUCCACCGGACAACUCUCCUUUCCCCGCUCCAACCGACCGGCCUGCGCAACGCAACCUCUAUCAUGGACAUUGAACGUCGCGACGCAAAUUCCGCUCAGCCAAAACGGCGCAGACGGAAUGUCCGGGGAAAGCGACUGCGUAAUAGAGCCCCGAUAUCUGCACGCCUGGCGUUGGAUGAUCAGCUCCGCGGGAACGUGGGCGUUUUGUCCGAUGAUCUGGCGGCCGACCUCUUCCAGUCGCCGGCUUCCAUUGACCAAGACGGAAAUGAAACUCGCUAUAUCGCAAUCUCACCAUAUGCACCGGGCCACGGCUCUGUCGAGGACCUGACCUGGACCGUCAUUCCGGUUCGGCAACAAUCGAAGGAUCGCGCCUACAACAUUUCCAUUCCUCAUUCAACCGUCAUUUUCCCAGACUUCACAGACUCUCUGCAACCGUUCAUCCAGGCAUUGAGCAAGCUCGACCCGACCCGACCCAUUCAAGCGCAGCGUGCGGUGGAGAUCAAGAUCUUGGAUGUGGUGCCGUUGCAUCUGGAUACAAUCUACGUGACAGUGGAGCGUAACUUGCUGCGAAACCAUGACGAGAUCCAGGAUAAAUUCGGUGGCGGGUUUACCAAUAGCCUGCAUGGACCCAACGGGCUUUGGGCGAAGACGGGGAAAGGCAUAGAGACGAAGAAAUACUCGAAGAAGGCUGCAGCGGAGGCAGAAGAGAGGCUCACAGUUGCCGUGCGUGAAGCCCUGGGAGCGCAGAAGGUUGUACACACCGGUGACGUGUUGCAACUGCCUCUGCCACCACACCCUAUUACCUAUGCCAAACCACCGCCGGCACACAUCUCAUUUUGCGAACCCGUGUCCCAGGGCUUGCUGAUGUCAACAACGAAGAUUGUUCUCAUUCAAGCCAAGGCGCCCGGUAGCCGGACCCAACGAAGUUUGCGGUCGGGGUCGGGUCCGCUGAAGCAGGUUGCGGAAGAUGAAGCUGAUGACACCUCCAACGAGCAAUUCUACUCCGCGGCGGAGGACAAACCGAUUGAGAGUAGCACUGAGAUGGAAUCUACAUCCACUCCAGAAGAAUCGGAGACCGAGGGCUCGGGAGGAAACAUGAGCGAUACAUCUGAUGAAUCGUUGGAGGACAUGAUUUCUCUCUCUGCCCCUGAACUUCCUCAGUCGGCGUCCGGCGUCAUGUCUGCGAUGACAGCUGCCACACCCCGUGCAGGUGGUCGACGAGCCGAUGGUGUCCAUACACCAGGCUCCGUGGCGUCUAAUUUUACAUCAACCACCCUGCGCCCGGGUCGGGGUGGUGGCGGUAAGGUCUUCAAGGCAGAAAGUCUUUUGCGGCGCGUAACGAACGAUCUUCUGCACCCGAAACCGCGGGAAGAUGAUGAUACGGAGUCCUUUAUAUUUGUGGACAUCAGUGUACUUGCUAAGAUCGGCUGUUUCUCCGGCGAUUGGGUGAAAAUAGAGGCAACGGAAGAGCCCCAAACGAACAACAUAUUUGCCUCUAUUAAGCUGGGAAGCUUUAACGAACAUGAGGAAGACUCUGGUGACUGGCGUGCGGUCCGAAUCUAUGGGCUGCCGGGAUUUCCGACAGCAAAACCGCGAUACUCAAUCAACCAGUCCGGGGACAGACGGCCCAGCAUAUCUCAGCGACCCCCUGUACGUUUGACGCCUUCAGUCUUUGUACCACCGCUCUUACUCAAUAACCUGGAAAACCCCAAAUACCUCCGCAUAUCUUCUAUGAGUUUCGGUGCCGGUAGUGGCACCUCCAAACCAGGACUCUUGCAUCAAAUGAAGACAGGCUCCGCCAGGUGUCCACCGUUGGCAAAGGAAGUGACUCUGCAUAAAGUUUCCACGCCCCUUUCCAUGGAUCGCAUCCUUCAACCAGCCCUGUUUGCUGGACUGAAACAGUAUUUCGAGUCCAAACGACGACUCUUGAAAAGCGGUGACCUCGUUGGGAUCAGUAUUGAUGAAGGGCUGGGCAGAGCCGUUUUUACAGGAACCGCUGCAGGCGAUGGUGCCCUCCAGGAUGAAGAUCUUACUACUCGACUCGGCCAGGUGACAGAAUCCGAUGGCGCCGGCGUGAAAAGAGUUGGAGUUGCCUGGUUCCGCGCGGGACAAGUCAUUCCCAGCUCUCCGGAUAGCGAGGAUGAAGCAGGAGAUGUUCAUUGGGGCGGUGUUGCUAUUAUUGACCCUGCGACUACAAGGAUGGCACAAGCUGGGAGUGACGUGAGUCGAGUUCCAGGUACUAUGAAUAAUGGCUGGGAGUAUUGGCUUGGAACGAAAUCGGUACCGAGAAGUGUGGGUGAUUCCCAGUCUCUCCAUGGUCUCAUCACCGAACUUCCGCAAUCGUUCGUGCCUCCGCUGCAACAGCGUAUUAGGGAUCUGAUGUCGGUGGCUACAAGCCCUCGUGCGAUUCAGCUCGGCAUGAAGCCGGUUGUUAUCCUCUUGAGGUCGCAGCAGAGACAUAUUGGAAAAGCAACUGUUGCUACUCGAGCUUGUUCUGAUAUUGGCCUUCAUACUUUCCCGAUUGACUCGUACGAUAUUCUGACCGAAGGCGGUGCUAACGGUGGCGAUGUGAAAACUGAAGCGUACCUCAAAGCAAGAGCAGACCGUGCUUUCUACUGCGGUUCCAACUGUACGGCACUUCUGAUCAAGCACAUUGAGGUGCUUACCGCGGACCGAAUCGUUUCGGCCAUGGCUGAGAUCGUGUCUGAAGCAAGGGUCGUCAUUGCAACCACAACGGAUGUUGAACAAAUCCCCGAGGGUAUUCGCAGCAUGUUCACGCAUGAGUUUGAGAUGACUGCCCCCGAAGAGAAGGAGCGUGAGGGAAUUCUUCGUAAUGCUGUGGCUGAGCGAGGCAUCAAAAUGUCGCCCGAUGUGGAUUUGGGCACUGUCGCCUUGAAGACAGCCGCGCUCGUGGCCGGUGACUUGGUUGACGUUGUUGAGCGUGCCUCGGCCGUGAAAGCUGCUCGCCUAGAGAAACUUGCGGAGGCUGCAAGCAAGCAGUAUAAGGGCCUCAGUGUGAGCGUCAGGGACGUUCUCGUCUCUGGCGGUGAUGCAGCACGUGGCGUCACCAAGGCUGACUUUGACUCGGCUGUUGAGGCUGCAAGAAAGAACUUUGCCGACUCGAUUGGCGCACCGAAGAUCCCCAAUGUCGGCUGGGACGAUGUCGGUGGACUGACAAACGUUAAGGAUGCCCUUGUCGAAACCAUUCAACUGCCUCUUGAGCGACCGGAGCUUUUUGCCAAGGGCAUGAAGAAACGCAGCGGUAUCUUGUUCUACGGACCGCCUGGUACUGGUAAAACCUUGCUUGCCAAGGCUAUUGCGACCGAGUUCUCUUUGAACUUCUUCUCCGUCAAAGGUCCUGAGUUGCUGAAUAUGUACAUUGGUGAGUCCGAAGCCAACGUCCGGCGAGUUUUCCAGCGAGCUCGGGACGCUCGUCCGUGUGUCGUUUUCUUUGAUGAGCUGGACUCGGUUGCCCCGAAACGAGGAAAUCAAGGAGACAGUGGCGGCGUGAUGGAUCGUAUUGUCAGCCAGCUGCUUGCCGAAUUGGACGGUAUGAACGGUGGCGAAGAAAAUAGCGGUGGUGUGUUCGUCAUCGGUGCUACGAACCGACCCGACUUGCUGGAUACGGCGCUCCUCCGUCCUGGACGAUUCGACAAGAUGCUCUAUCUUGGAGUGUCUGACACUCAUGAUAAGCAAGCGACCAUCCUCGAGGCUCUGACUAGGAAGUUCACCCUUGACCCCGGCUUGUCCCUGGGCCGAGUCGCCGAGCGUUUGCCUCUUACGUACACGGGUGCCGAUCUUUAUGCUUUAUGCUCGGAUUCCAUGCUGAAAGCGAUCACUCGCAAGUCUACGGCGGUGGAUGAGAAAAUCAAGCAGUUACCAGGAGAGCCCGUUAGCACUGCGUAUUUCUUUGACCACCUUGCUACGCCGGAGGAUGUCUCCGUGAUGGUUACGGAGGACGACUUCACGGAAGCGCAGAAUGAACUUGUUCCUAGUGUCAGUGCUAAGGAACUCGAGCAUUUUGAACGUAUCCGACGUACGUUCGAAUCCGUUGAUAAGCAGAAACAGGACUCCGCUGGCAAUUCCAACGAACAACAGCCACCGCAAACUAUCCAAGAUGCGCUGGAAGCUCUCAGUCUUGGGGAUCAAUUGGACGGCCACAUAGGAGGACCCGUUACGAAUGGUGACCAUCCCUCCGUCGGCAAAGGCAAAGGCAAACAAGGCCCGGCCGGAUCCCGGAACGCGAGUGGUCAUUCGGUCAGCAGCAAGGGCAAAGGGAAGAACCCCGCCAAUGCAGGUGGAAAAUCGAAGAACAAAGCCAUUUCGGCCAGCAAUGGGGACUCGGAUUCCUCCUUCGACGGACCGAAUUCAAGAAAUGAGCGGGAACUAUCGCGAGGGUACGACGAUGUAGGGGAGGAUGACGACGGUGCCGAGGACGGCGUUGCUAAUGGCGAUGAAGAUUACAUUGUUCGAACCGAUCACCUCGUCCGGUCGGACAGCUCGAAAUAGGAGGAUCGGGGCGCAGACAACUCAGAUUUCUUGCUACAUUUGCAGUACCACCCAGCAGCCCCAUGAAGGCCAAUGGACACCAUAGGAAGUAGUACAUACGGAGUAGGUGCAGGGACAAGAGCCUCGGGCUGAUGUACAUAGCGUUGCAUUCGAUGACCAUGUAUUUUCUAUUGCAUUCGGAGAACUUCCGCCCGAACAGUUGCUACCUGGGUAGAAGCACAGUCUUGGCAGGAUACACGGCGACAUUAGUGCAUGACGGAGCUCUCACUUCUCAGGUAUAUCGGGAUCUUGAAUCCGAAAGGAGGCGUCUGCCCGCUGCACUCCGCCCGAAAGGUCCGCAGCAGGCAAAUUCCCCGUGACUGCCCGUGACCCGGUGAGACCGAAGUGGACCGGAGCUUUU